AUGCGCAGUCUGGCCAGCUUCCUGUUUAUCUAUAUUCUUGGUGGCCUGACAUUCGUCCCUCUGCUUAUCCUCGCCGUACUUCUCCAUGCGUACCUGACCUUCCCUAUCCACGAAGACACUCCAGAGCCAAACUCCGACCAAGACUCUAUUGUUCAGCCGGGGGAUGAUACCGAUGCUAUCAAGAGCGCGCAGAAGAGACUGGAGACAAAAUCCUGGCCACGGCAUAACAUAGAAGCUGAUGUCUCUGCUGGGUAUUUCACCGUUUGUCGGGAGUACGUCCCCGGGGGGAAUGGCAAACCUCCAGUCCGUACAACGCCGGUGGGCUCCACGACUGUCACUGCGCCGAGUCCAAGUGUCUACCAGAGCAUGUACCGGAGCAUUUUCGACAGAAAGACCAAUAAUAGCCCGUUGGAUAAUAAGGGCAAUGGGAGGCCGCCAAAGGGGAAUGGCAACGUGUUUUAUGUGGUUCUGAGACACGGCCAUUUAAUGCUCUUCGAUGAUGACCAACAGCUCGAAGUCCGCCAUGUCAUCUCGCUAGCCCAUCAUAACGUGGGCAUUUACUCAGGCGGAGAAGAAACGCCAGAAGGGGAGCUUUUUAUAAAACGGAAUGCUCUAUCUCUUUCACGGAGAUCGGAUGCUGGGGAGCUCACGCCGGAUGGCACAACCUCAAAGCCUUUUUUCCUCUUUUCUGAGAACUGUUCAGAGAAAGAAGAUUUCUAUUUCGCGAUGCUCCGAAGCCAGGAACAAAGGCCAGACGCAAGGGACAAUCCGCCAGUGCCACUACAAUACGAUGUCAAGGAUAUUAUAACACUAGUUCAACGACUACACUCUUCUGAGGAACAUCUGCAAACGAGAUGGCUCAAUGCUAUCAUCGGGAGGGUAUUUCUCGCUCUCUACAAGACUCCGGAGAUUGAAAGUUUUAUACGAGCAAAGAUCACCAAGAAGAUAUCCCGAGUGAAAACGCCCUCGUUUCUUUCCAAAAUUGCGCUGCGAAAUAUAGACCUCGGGGAAGCUGCGCCUUUCAUCACAAAUCCGCGCCUUAAAGAGCUGACUGUCGAUGGUGACCUGGUCGUGGAAGCAGACGUACGGUACACUGGCAAUUUUAGAAUCGAGGUUGCUGCAACAGCCCGGAUUGAGCUUGGAUCACGCUUUAAGGCGAGAGAGGUCAACCUACUCCUAGCAGUGGUUCUAAAACGAUUGGAAGGUCAUAUCAUGAUUAGGGUCAAACCUCCACCGUCAAAUCGAUUCUGGGUGACAUUUCAAACCAUGCCAAGGAUUGAUAUGACAAUAGAGCCAAUCGUCAGUUCGAGGCAGAUAACUUACACACUGAUAUUGCGUCAAAUUGAGAAUCGGAUCAAGGAAGUUGUCGCUGAGAGUUUGGUCCUUCCCAACUGGGACGAUUCUCCAUUCUACCACAGUGAAACUAAACUAUGGAGAGGUGGAGUCUGGGCAGAUGACAGAUCAGCCAUUUCCCUUGACGAUUUAGAGCACGCUGGCCCUCAUUACCGCGACACGGGUGAAGAGCAUGCGGAAGAGGGAAGCGAUGAAGCAAGCGUUGAUUUGCCACAUAUCGAGAAGAGUAUGAGUAUGCCCGUGAUCGACGCCACUUCUCCAAGUACCGCUUAUCCACGGAAAACUAUUCAGUCCACCAUAAAUCCUAUCCAUACAAAAUCUUCCGGGUCAUCGACCAGCAUCGAGACACGACCAACUGUGUCUGAGAAGCCGAGAGCACUACGAACUGGCUCCUUUACCAGUGCCUCGUCGCCAGUUGUGAGCACCGACAGCACCAAUGCCGAUGCAUUCAAACCUUCUACGCCGCCGGAACAUGGUGAACACAGCCAUGCAGCAGCAGCUAUGGCCGCCAUGUCAGCCUUAUCGCAGAACAACUCACCUGUUCAUACUCCAACCGGAUCUCCAUCUCACUCCCGUGGAACUGGAAAAUUUGAGAGCCAGUCUUCAAUAUCUUCACAUGAGUCGGCCCAUCCGGGACCUGAAUCAUACAACGAUAUUAUGCCUCAACCUUCUACCAAUGCCUCCGAUGUAAACACUAGCUCACAGUCAAGUUCAUUUCAUUCAAGUCUAGCAAGUACAUCACUAAAAUCAGAAACAAAUUCAACAAAAUCUUUCCCAUCAUUCUCUUGGGACCGACGGCGCGAAGAUUCCACAUCCACGUUAUCUUCAGAGAACCCGUCAACGUCUGAGACGAAGCGUCUGUCUCUUGCAAGCGCUGCUGCUCAGGCCAAGAGAUGGGGUUGGAAUGCUAUCCAACGGCACGGAGAACAGAAAACUGACACUAUAGCGGAGGAUGCAACAUUGCAGUCGCGUCCAUUAGUCAUGGGGCGGGGCCAGCCUCUCCCACCUCCAGGAGUUCCGUUACCUCGUCCAGAUCGAAAGACGAAAACUGCACCCAUUCCUAUGCCAAAGCGGAAGGUUAUACCGCCACCUCCAUUACCCCAAAGAUCCCCGGACGACAUGGACAAACCUAAUGGUAUCAAUAGGCAACGUCACUCGGUGCCUCCUCCUCCACUUCCCAAGAGACGAAGCCGGGAGGAGAGCGAGGAAUCUAAUUAUCCUGCAGAUGAUGGGCUCCUUGUUGUUGCGGCUCCUGCUGGUGAUUCUGAACCGACCACGCCUAUGAGUGAGCAUGUACCAGUUUAUGUGCAGCCGUGGGUGGAAGAUGACAAUGAAGUAGGGGACGCGAUAUUACAACCGCCCCCGAUCCAUACGGAACAAACCCCUCCUCGUCUACCCAAAAGAAGAACACAUCGUGUUAUAUCGAAUAGUCCGGAGGAGGAUGGCUCUAAGCUCCCUACAUGGCUCGCUGCACAGGAGGAGGAGAGCAGGGCGAGAAGCAACUUUGUUGAUGAGGAUAGCGGCGUUUGA